AAUGCCCUUUGUUUCUCUUUAAAGAUACAGUUAAACCUCACAUUUUGGUCUGCAUGUACAAUAUGUUGUUUAAAUGUGAGUAAUAUAUGAGGGGGAUGACUAUUAUAGCUCAGAUAGCCAAGGAAUUCCAACUUUGAGUGUGACUGGUUUUAAUGCCAAGGGCCACGUCUGUACCUACAUGACAUAGUAUUACAUUUUUGGGGACUGGUUUUGGUUUUGAAUGACAAAGGCAAAACGACCCGUCAGCAUGUGAUGCUGUGGUUAAGGCGAAACCAUAAAAGCUGGUAAAGAUGAGAGUGAUAGCAAUUUUCGUCUAGGGCUUGUGAGUCGUACUCUGAGAAAGAAAGAGAAGACUGGAGAACGCUUUGUCUUAUAACAUCAUUGACAGGUUAAAAUGGAGUUAUUACUCACUACUCCAAAUGAUGAAAGUGGAUCUGGAGAUCUGGAGGACUACCCCACUGACAUGGGGGCGAUAUGUGACAAGAGCUGGGUGAGGGACUUCCGGAGUCUUUAUGAACCACCACUGUUCUGGCUCAUCUUCGCCUUGGGCACCAUGGGCAACCUGAUGGUGGUCUUCAUCUACACCACGGUCCGCCACCGCCUCAAGACCAUGACCGAUGUCUACCUUCUCAACCUGGCUGUGGCCGAUCUUCUGUUCCUGGGUACUUUGCCCUUCUGGGCCGCCGAUGCCACCAAUGGCUGGGUUUUCGGCCUGGGUCUCUGUAAGAUCCUGUCAGCUGUCUAUAAGAUCAACUUCUUCAGCAGCAUGCUCCUGCUCACGUGCAUCAGCAUCGACCGCUAUGUGGCUAUCGUCCAGGUCACCAAGGCCCACAAUCUGAAGAACAAGACACUGUUCUACAGCAAGCUGGCCUGCCUGAUUGUUUGGGUCAUCUCAGGCUUCCUGUCUCUGCCAGAGUUGAUCUUUGCCAGUGUGAAAUCCGACUCCUUUGGGAAUUCCUGCGUCCUAGUCUACCCUCAUAACCUCUUGAACCGCACCAAAAUCCUGGUGCUGGUCCUGCAGAUCUGCAUGGGUUUCUGUCUACCACUGCUGGUCAUGGUCCUGUGCUACUCAAUCAUCAUCCGCACCCUGCUGCAGGCCAAGAGCUUCGAGAAACACAAGGCACUGAGAGUCAUCUUUGCCGUGGUUGCCGUGUUCGUCCUCUCCCAGCUUCCGUACAACGGGCUGCUGGUGCUUGAUGCCACACAAGCGGCCAACACCACCAUCACGGACUGCGAUUUAUCGGGCCAAUUUGAUAUCGCCGGACAGAUCGCCAAGAGUUUGGCGUACACCCAUGCCUGCAUUAACCCUUUCCUGUAUGUGUUCAUUGGUGUCCGCUUCCGGAAGGAUCUACUGAGGGUAAUUAAGCUGUGCAUGUGUGGCCUAAACAUGGGUGGUCUCAGUAAAAUGCAGGCCGUCCCUAAGCGCCCCUCUGUCAUGUCUGACACUGACAGCACCCCGGUUCUCUCGUUGUAAUUCUACUCCCUGAAAGCACACCCAGAAACACAAUCAGUAUUAGCCCAGAGACAAUGACAUAACAACCACCGUUUGGUAUAGUGGUGAAAUAAUAGCGUACUGCACCCGCUGGGGUCAAGGGAGAGAUACAUUCAAUUAUUUAUUGGAAAUUGCAGCAAUAUUGUCUCAGUUGUGUUCCAGUAUCAUCUUGCCAUCACAUUCUCGCCAAUAUACACAUGGUAGGCGUGUCUACGUACAACAAUGCAUUUCACUUCUAUGGCCCACAAGCCACUCUCCCACUUUCUACCCCCAAGCUAAAUGGUCAAUAUAAACAGCACACAUUCCAGAGGUUGGCAGAGCGUGACAUAAAGAGAGAGAAUUUAUACACAGAGGUCUGCUUGUUCUUAACCUACCUAAAUGAGACCAAUUGUAAGAAUACUACACCGCGUCUUUGCUGAACACCUUUCUUCAAUGACAAUUUGGUUUGCAAGUGGGACACAUCCUAUACAUAUUUCUCUAAAACACUGUAAUAAAGUGUACAUUAUUGUAUAUAAACUGUGCCAAUGAUUAUUAUCAUGACUUUGUCAGUAUUCUAUAUUUGAUGCGUUUGUGCUGUUCUUGAUUCUUAAUUUUUUUUUCAUGUAGUUGAGUACCAAACAUGAAU